AGGUUGAAGAAAUUAACAAAUGCAUUAGGGAUAUCACUCAGAAUGGGGUCUACCAAUGUAACCUCCUGGAGGGGCUUUGUCUUUCUGGGCUUCUCCAGCUUUGGGGAGCUGCAACUCCUGCUCUUUUCCUUGUUUCUCUCUUUGUAUCUUGUCACCCUGACCAGCAAUGUCUUCAUUAUCGUAGUCAUCAGGCUGGAUAGCCAUCUGCACACCCCCAUGUACCUCUUUCUUUCCUUCCUAUCCUUCUCUGAGACCUGCUACACUUUGGGUAUCAUCCCUAAGAUGCUCUCUGGCCUGGCUAUGGGGGCCCAGGCUAUCUCCUAUGUGGGCUGUGCUUCCCAGAUGUUCUUCUCUGCCUCUUGGGCCUGUACCAACUGCUUCCUUCUGGCUGUCAUGGGCUUUGACAGAUAUGUAGCCAUCUGUGCCCCACUGCACUAUGCCAGCCGCAUGAAUUCUAUACUUUGUGCCCAGCUGAUUGGUAGCUCCUUCCUCAGUGGAUACCUUUUUGGGCUGGGAAUGACACUGGUCAUUUUCCACCUCUCAUUCUGCAGCUCCCAUGAGAUCCAGCACUUUUUUUGUGACACGCCACCAGUGCUGAGCCUUGCCUGUGGGGAUACAGGCCUGAGUGAGCUGGGGAUCCUCAUCCUCAGCCUGCUGGUCCUCUUGGUCUCCUUCUUCUUCAUCACCAUCUCCUAUGCCUACAUCCUAGCAGCAAUCCUGAGGAUCCCCUCCACUGAGGGACGGAAGAAGGCCUUCUCCACCUGCGCCUCACACCUCACCGUGGUUGUUAUUCACUAUGGCUGUGCUUCCUUUAUGUACUUGAGGCCCAAAGCCAUCUACUCUCUUGAGCGGGAUCAGCUUAUUUCUGUUACCUACACAGUGGUAACCCCUCUCCUCAAUCCCAUUGUUUAUAGUCUAAGGAAUCGGGCUGUGCAGAUAGCUCUGAGAAAUGCUUUCCGAGGGAGCUUGCUGGGUAAAGGAUGAAGG